AUGGACCCUUCACUUCUCGACGAUAUUAUCAAUCGUCUUCUCGAGGUCCGUGGUCGUGUCGGCAAGCAGGUUCAGUUGUCCGAGUCUGAGAUCCGACAACUCUGUCAAGUUUCCAGAGAGUUUUUCUUGCAGCAGCCUAAUUUGUUGGAGCUUGAAGCACCCAUCAAGAUUUGUGGUGACAUACAUGGGCAAUAUUCUGAUCUAUUAAGGCUAUUCGAAUACGGUGGGUUACCCCCUCAUGCUAACUACUUAUUUUUGGGUGAUUAUGUCGAUCGAGGCAAGCAAAGUCUCGAAACCAUAUGUCUUCUCUUGGCGUAUAAAAUAAAAUAUCCAGAGAAUUUCUUCAUAUUGAGAGGGAACCAUGAAUGUGCUUCUAUAAACCGAAUAUAUGGCUUCUAUGACGAGUGUAAAAGAAGAUUUAAUGUUCGUUUAUGGAAGACGUUUACCGAUUGCUUUAACUGCCUGCCUGUGGCAGCUCUUAUUGAUGAAAAGAUUCUCUGCAUGCAUGGAGGUUUGUCUCCUGACCUGAAUAAUUUGGAUCAAAUUAGAAACAUGUCGAGACCAACAGAUGUACCGGACACUGGUUUGCUCUGUGAUCUUCUCUGGUCUGAUCCGAGUAAGGAUGUUCAAGGUUGGGGAAUGAACGACCGCGGUGUUUCGUUUACUUUUGGUGCUGACAAGGUCACGGAGUUUCUUCAAAAGCAUGAUUUGGAUCUCAUUUGUCGUGCUCAUCAGGUUGUGGAGGAUGGAUACGAGUUCUUCGCAGAUCGUCAACUUGUAACGAUUUUUUCAGCACCGAAUUACUGUGGGGAGUUCGAUAACGCUGGUGCCAUGAUGAGUGUGGACGAGACGCUUAUGUGUUCGUUUCAAAUACUAAAGCCUGCGUAUAAGAAGCCUGAGCUGAACUUUGGAAGCACUACCACCUCAAAGCCUGGAAAUCCUCCCCCAGGGGUUAAGUCCUUUCUUGGUACAAAAUCAUGAUUUGGUCAGGCACUUAAAAGGAGGUCUCUUGCAGCCAGUUGAGUUUACAAAAAUUUGGAAGUUUUAUCUUCUGGAGGAAACUGUAGGAUCAUUGAUCGAUCAUUUGAUUCUAAACUCAGAAUGUUGAAAAUUGUAAAAAACAAAAACAAAUCGAAAAACGAAAAAAUUGUAAGGUGAAAUAUAAAAGGAUUACAAAUAUUGUUUUCCUCGAUACGAAUUCGAGUUAUCGAAAAUGGUAGGCUGCAAAGGCCUGCUUUUCUUCCUUGUACACUAAUUGGCAGCACCAUCGAUGCUACCGGUGCUACGAGUUUACUGUAUGUGGUACACAUUUAAUUACGCGUUUUGUUCUU